AUGGCUGCCCGUCGGUCUCUGUCCAGGACCAUCCCCGCUCUCCGCUCCGCCCCCCGCACACCGUUUAUCCCCAGAGUCGGCCGCGCUCGCUCCCUCAGCAUCACAUCUUCCUCUGUCUCCCGUCCAUCGUGUCACCAACAGACCUCAACUCCCGGCGCCAUGUCUGCUGCUCGUCGACUGCACGCCACGGCCAAACAGUUCACCCAAGCCACGACCUCGGCUGCGAGUACGGCCACGGAGUACCCGACCGACCACUCCCCAAUCACCAAGCCUAUCGACACCGCCAACUUCAUCGACAAUGAAUUCGUGACCUCUCAGGCCACCACUUGGAUUGACCUUCACGACCCCGCCACCAACAAUCUCGUCACGCGCGUGCCCCAAAGCACGGAUGAGGAGCUCAAGGCGGCUGUUCGGUCGGCCGAGAAGGCGUUCCCCGCCUGGCGCGCAACGAGCAUUAUGGCGCGGCAACAGAUCAUGUUCAAAUUUACCAAUUUGAUCCGCGAGAAUUGGGAUCGAUUGGCGGCGUCUAUUACCCUGGAGCAGGGCAAGACCUUCGCCGAUGCCCGUGGUGAUGUCCUUCGUGGGUUGCAGGUUGCCGAGACGGCCUGUGGCAUCACCACCCAGAUGACCGGCGAAGUGCUCGAGGUGGCCAAGGAUAUGGAGACUCGAAGCUACCGCGAGCCCCUCGGUGUGGUGGCCGCGAUCUGUCCAUUCAACUUCCCCGCUAUGAUCCCGCUUUGGUGUAUUCCUAUCGCGACCGUGACCGGUAAUUGUUUGGUCAUGAAGCCCUCGGAGCGGGACCCCGGUGCGGCCAUGAUCCUUGCUGAGCUGGCUCGCGAGGCUGGAUUCCCCCCCGGUGUCAUCAACAUUGUUCACGGUGCCGCCCGCACGGUCGACUUUAUCCUGGAUGAGCCGGCCAUCAAGGCGAUCAGCUUCGUCGGUAGCAACCGUGCGGGCGAGUAUAUCUACACCCGCGGCUCCGCCAACGGCAAGCGUGUCCAGGCCAACCUGGGGGCGAAGAACCACGCGGCGGUCCUGCCCGACUGCAACAAGAACCACGCACUCAACGCCAUCGUUGGUGCUGCCUUUGGCGCUGCCGGUCAGCGUUGCAUGGCCCUGAGCACGGCAGUCAUGGUCGGAGAGACCAAGGAAUGGCUCCCCGAGAUCGCUGAGCGUGCCAAGGUGCUCAAUGUUAAUGGUGGCUUUGAGGAGGGUGCCGAUCUCGGCCCCGUCAUCAGCCCCGAGAGCAAGAAGCGCAUCGUGGACCUCAUCGACAGUGCCGAGGCCGAGGGUGCGACCAUCCUCCUUGAUGGCCGAAACUGCAAGCCGGAGAAGUACCCCAACGGCAACUUUGUUGGCCCCACCAUCAUCACCAACGUCACCCCCAACAUGAGAUGCUACAAGGAGGAAAUCUUCGGACCCGUCCUCGUCUGUCUCAACGUGGACACCCUGGAUGACGCCAUCAACCUGAUCAAUGCCAACGAGUACGGCAACGGCGCCGCCAUCUUCACCCGCUCAGGCUCCACCGCUUCGCGAUUCCAAAAGGACAUCGAAGCGGGCCAGCUGGGUAUCAACGUCCCCAUUCCUGUGCCACUGCCCAUGUUCUCUUUCACGGGUAACAAGAAGAGUAUCGCCGGUGGCGGUGCCAACACCUUCUACGGCAAGCCUGGUCUCCAGUUCUAUACCCAGCAGAAGACGGUGACCAGUUUCUGGAAGUCGGAGGAUGCGAUCAGUACCAAGGCUAGCGUGGUGAUGCCUACUCAUUCUUAA